AUGGCUUCACUUACCGAAAAAUCGCCCGCAGUGGCCGACGGCCCUGCUGCGGACGCCCGCGACGAGACGCAUGAAACGUCCCGUGAGGGCCCGUGGAUCCGCCUCAUGACGGCCCUUCACUGGUACUCCCACGGCAUGCCCAGCGAGGAGAAGGAGCUCGUGCUCCGGCUCGACCUGCUCAUCCUCGUCUUCGGCUGCAUGUGCUUCUUCACAAAGUACCUCGACCAGUCGUCUCUCACAAACGCCUACGUGAGCGGCAUGAAGGAGGACCUCGGCAUCCGUGGCAACGAGCUAAACUACAUGACCAUUGUGUUCUGGUCCUCGUAUUGCACGUCCAUGAUUCCGGCCUGCUACUACCUGACCCGCUACCCCAUCAACGUCGUCCUGCCCGUCCUCGAGAUCGGCUGGGGCCUGUCGACAUUUGGGCUCGCCUGGGCGCGCAAUGUCGAGACCGUCUACGCCAUGCGCUUCUUCACGGGUCUGUUCGAGUCCGCCUCCUUCACCGGCAUCAUCUACGUCAUCGGCUCCUGGUACAAGCCGUCGGAGGUCGGUCGCCGCGUCGCACUCUUCUACAUCGCCGCGCCCCUGGGCACUAUGUUCGCAGGCUACCUGCAAGCCGCCGUCUGGCUCAAUCUGCACAACGCCCGCGGGCUCGCCGGGUGGCGCUGGCUUUUCAUCGUCGACGCUCUCAUCACCGUCCCCAUCGCCUUCAUCGGCUUCUUCGUCUUCCCCGACGUGCCCUCGCGCUCGCGGCCGAAGCUGCUGCCCGCGCGCCUGCACGCCUUCGCGCAGAAGCGCCUCGAGGGGCUGACGGCGCCGCCGCAGCUCAGGGCCUCACGCGACAUCUUCAGGCGCGUCUUCACUCGCUGGCACUGGUACCUCUUCGUCGCGCAGUGGACCAUCAUGAACGAGAACCUGCAGCCCAGCGGCUCCCCCUUCUCUCUGUACCUCAAGGCGUUCCCCGAGACGUACUCGGUGACGCGGAUCAACACGCUGCCGACGGUCGCGACGGCCAUAUCCAUCGUCUCGGCCUUCGCGGCGGGUGCCGUCGCGGAUCGUACCGGCUGGUUUGCUGGACUCUCCGCGGCCGCCACCGUUCCCUCGCUGGUCGGCGUGGUACUGCUCGUGGUCUGGGACGUGGGCGAGGGCGGCCGCCUGGUGGCCUUCAUGCUCAACGGCUUCGAGGGCGCGGUCCCUUCGCUGACGAUGGCGUGGGCGACGGUGACAAUGGCCGGCGAUGCCGAGGAGCGCGCUAUUGUCACCGCGUCAAUGAAUGCCAUCGGCCAGGCCAUAGUCGCCUGGGCACAGCUGCUGCAGUUCCCCGCCGUUGAGGCCCCCCGCUUCACCCGCGGGUUCAGGAGCGUCGUGGGGACGAUGGUCGUGCAGUUCUUUGUCACCGGCGCGAUCUGGUUUCUGGCGAGGAGGGAUUCCAAGGCGAAUAAGAAGUGGUUGGAGGGCGAUGGGGACGAGCAGGCUCAGGUGGAGGGGGGACAGGAGGGUGUUUGA